AUGUUCAUCGUGAACUGGUUCUUCGACGUCCUGGGAUACCUCGGGCUGGGCAACAAGAAUGCGAAGAUCCUCUUCUUGGGACUCGACAAUGCCGGCAAGACCACUCUGCUCCACAUGCUGAAGGAUGACCGCAUUGCGACUCACGUCCCGACUCUGCACCCGCACUCCGAGGAGUUGAUGAUCAAGAACAUCCGCUUCCGCACCUACGACCUUGGCGGGCACGAGACGGCCCGCCGCAUCUGGAAGGACUACUUCGCCACCGUGGAUGGCAUCAUCUUCCUGGUCGAUGCAGCAGACCGCACACGAUUUCAGGAGGCACAGGAGGAGCUCAGCGGCCUUUUGCAGGAACAGGCCCUGGCCAGCGUGCCUUUCGUGGUGCUCGGCAACAAGAUCGACAUCCCCACGGCCGCCUCGGAGGACGAGCUCCGCAAUGCCCUUGGGCUUCUGAGUCACAUGACCUACGGACGUGAUGCCAAGAAGGGCGACAGUCAAGUCCGCCCCGUCGAGCUCUUCAUGGUGAGCGUGGUGAAGAGAAUGGGCUACGCGGAGGCGUUUCAAUGGCUGUCGCAGUUCCUGAACUGA